AUGCUAUCUGAAAUCAAGGAUUUCACAGGUUUCAAAAAGAAACUUAAUAUUGUCUGCAUUGGUGCUGGAUAUGUUGGUGGGCCCACCAUGGCUGUGAUAGCCGACAAAUGCCCAUUUGCUACAGUAAAUGUGUUUGACAUUUUUAAGCCUCGCAUCGAGGCGUGGAAUUCUCCUAUACCGUCGUCGCCCGAUGAGCCCGACGGGCUGCCCAUCUUUGAGCCUGGACUACCUGAUAUCAUUUACAGAGCUCGCGGAAAAAACUUGUUUUUCACAACCGACCCAAACGUGUUACAAAAGGCCGAUAUCAUUUUUAUUGCUGUCAAUACACCAAUUAAAGACAAGGGUAUGGGAAUCGGACGUGCUACCGAUCUUUCAUUCUUCGAAAGUUCCAUUCGACUUAUUGGGAGGACAGUUAUCGAGGAGCGAGAUGUUCUUAUUGUGGAGAAGAGCACCGUCCCCGUACGGGCAGCAACAACUGUUCGGCAGAUCCUCUCAUCGUUUAAUUCGAAAGCGCGGUUUCAUAUUCUCAGCAACCCAGAGUUUUUGGCCGAGGGAACUGCCAUUAAGGACUUGCUGAACCCGGAUCGCAUUUUGAUCGGUGGCUCCGACUCCGAUGCCGUAGCUGUGCUUUCCUCGAUUUAUGAGUGUUGGGUGCCGAAGGAACGCAUCGUCACGACGAACCUCUGGUCGAGCGAGCUGUCCAAACUGGCUGCAAACGCGUUUCUGGCGCAGCGGAUCUCCUCCAUCAACUCGAUCAGCGCGAUUUGUGAGAAGACGGAUGCCAAUGUUAUGGAGAUCAGCCGGGCUUUAGGCUCGGACAAACGCAUUGGGCGCAGCUUUUUAGACCCAUCCCCGGGCUUUGGUGGGUCUUGCUUUAAGAAGGAUAUUCUGAGCUUGGUGUACCUGUGCGAGAAGAUGGGCCUGUCUGAGGUCGCCGAGUACUGGAACCAAGUCAUCGUGAUGAACGAGUACCAAAAGGAAAGAAUUUACCGAAAAGUUGUCGAAAUGUGCUUUGACACGGUGAACCGAAAGACCUUGGCGAUUUUUGGUUUUACCUUUAAGAAAGAUACGGGCGACACUCGCGAGAGCGCGGCCAUUCACAUCUGCUCCCGGCUCCUUGGAGAGGGAGCAACGCUAAAAAUUUACGAUCCCAAGGUAUCUGAAAAUGCCGUAUACUCGGAGCUUGCAAACUUCGUUAUGACAGCUGAUCAAAACAUUGAUCUCAAAUCUUUACAUGCCAACCACCGAAGCGAUGAUGGUUAUAAAUUUGACCUUUAUAGUGACAAAUUGACUGAAUUCCUUAAGAAUAACGUGAAGUUGGUGCAUUCCGCGUUGGACGCUGCUCAGGGUGCGUCUGCUGUUCUUAUUCUAACGGAGUGGGAUGAUUUUCAGCAUUUGAAUUAUAAAUCUAUUUAUGAUGUCAUGGAUAAGCCCGCCAUGAUGUUUAAUGGGCGCCCCACUUUGAAUCUUAAAAACCUUGAGAGCAUCGGUUUCAAUACCUUUUCUCUUGGAGAAAAAACACGUAACCCAUUAUUUGAUUCCCUGAGUGGGUAUUAA